UUCAACCUCAUAAAUGUUGCAACCUUGCAAAGUAUGGUCAUGUAUGGUGCUGAGCGCGAUACGUAGAGAAUAAGAGAAUACGCCAUCGCUGGGUUAUGUUCGUGAUAUUGCCAAAUUAAACGGUUUAUGGAUGACAAAUCUUACGUUUGAGAGGCAGGACAAAAAAAUUUCAUCCGGGUUUAGGGUUAAGCUGCUGUGGCACAUACGGUGAAUUCAACGCAAUUCUCGAAAAUUGAGCUACAUUAGUAAUAUAUGUUGAAUGGACAAUAAUAAGAUCAGGAUAUAUACAUGUGUUAACCAUGUCUAUAAUAUUUGAUUUUCUGAAGAAGAUCUUCGGAUGGGUAGAUGAAGGUUCUAAGAAACGGAAAGCUGAGGACUGUAACUUUGAAGAAGAAUAUAUAACAUCUAAGAAAUUUAAAUCCAAUUGUAAUAUAGCUCGUACAAUGGAACAGUAUUUUACCAUUGAUGACAGUGAUGACGAUGAUAUUAUAUACAUGGGUGAGCAGAAAUGCUCAUCGAUAAAACCAUGCGCACAGAUGAACGGUACUCAUAAGAAGCAACCGCAAUCUUUCGAAUAUUACAAAACUCCCACUUGUAAGUCUACUUGCUUUAUGUUGCAUCACAAUAAACCGACAACGGAGCACUUUUUUCAUCACAAACAUAGGAUGCCGGAUAUCUAUCACAAGUCUCCCACAUUAUCAAAAACUAAUCAAUUAAAAGAGAAAUAUCAAUAUGAAGAAAUGCUUCAAAAUCUGUUUCCAAAUAGGAUACAGGUAUUUACAGAUAAACCUGCGCGCAAACCCAUAGAAGUUAUCGACUUAGAAAAGCAACCAGAAAUCAUGACAUCCAGCAAGAUUCAAUCAUCUGUCGCUAACUUGUCUAAAAUAUCGACGUCAUGCCAUAAUAGAGUUUGCAUGUCAAAUUAUUCUAGGACAGAUAAAGAAAAAGUUCCUACUUUAAAUUACUGCAAGAAAGGUAUUACGGCGUAUCAGCAAUCCAAUAGAGUAAUUACAAUUGAUAGACCCAGUACCAGUGGAUUAGCGAAAACUACGCCAAAGUUACCUGUCGAAGUUGUUGCAACUAACUCAUUGCGUGACGAGCUAGCUGCGAAACCCGUCAUGAGACAAGACUUUAUCCCGCAAGUUACUAAGAGAUACAACGAACGGAUUGAGCAACGGCACAGAGAGGCUGAAGAACUGAAGAAGAUGACAUGCGUCUUGUCGAAGCACAAUAGAUAUGCACGAGAAGCAGCUCUGGAAGAACAAUUGGCACGUUCUAUGAAAUUAUACCUGGCUGUCCUAGAUGAUAGAGAGGAGCAGGAAGAGCCAGCUUUGCCGACGUUGACCAAUGAGAUGUUGAAAGAAGUGAGAAGCGCCAUUAUACCAUGUCCUCCAGGCGAGGUUCUUGCAGAAGGUUUUGGUCUAAGGCUCACGCGAAAAGAUCUUUGCACGCUAGCCGACUUAAAUUGGCUAAACGAUGAAGUAAUAAACUUCUAUAUGAAUCUAUUAAUUGCCAGAGGCACGUCUUCCGACAAGUAUCCAAAGGUGCACGCAAUGAAUACAUUUUUUUAUCCAAAACUUCUAUCGGGUGGUCACUCGUCUCUGAAGCGAUGGACCAGAAAAGUAGACAUAUUCGCGCAGGAUCUUGUAGUUGUGCCGAUACAUCUGGACAUUCACUGGUGUAUGUCAAUAAUAGAUUUCAGGAAUAAAUCGAUUGUUUAUUAUGACAGUAUGGGCGGUAGUAACCCAAAAUGUUUAGCCACAUUAAAACAAUAUUUACAGGAUGAGAGUUUAGACAAAAAGAAACAAUCUUAUGAUAUGAGCGACUGGAAAUUGCAAUCAGCCAAGAACAUUCCACAACAGAUGAAUGGCAGCGAUUGUGGCGUAUUCUCUUGUAUGUUUGCCGAAUAUGCCUGCGCAAAUAAGAAGAUAACGUUUACACAGGAUGAUAUGCCGUACUUUAGGAACAAAAUGGUUUAUGAGAUAUUGAAGGGUAAACUUUUGUAAGAAGCAUCAAUUACUGCUUCAAUAAAUUAAAAAAUGGCCAAUGUUAGCGAGGAGCUUCAAACUAAUGGUAAAGCUAUAUUGUAAUAAAACUCAAGCAGUUUAAUGCAUUGGAGAAUUCUUCUUCACGUACCCUGUCUUCGCAGGACAUUGGCGAUCAGCAGCAUGAUCUUCACUUUGUCUACCACUGUUCUAAAGAGAGACGUGGUACUAAGUUCAAACCACUGUCGGAGAUUCUUCAUUGGAGAAAAUUUGUUUGGAAAAUAACACAAAUAUCACCUAUUAUUCUUGGAAAAAAAAGAAUAGAAAAAGGGAGAAACUUUCCUAAUGUCCUUUCUGCAAUCAAUUGUGUGCUUU